AUGGAGCAAAUCGAAACGCAGGCGUCCGACCUACGCUUCCUCGCUCAAGCUCAAGUUCCACUGAGCAACUCGCCCAGCGUCUCCUACGAAACCCCCAGGCCUGGGCCGCAGCACCAGGCCAGUCCCGGUUCCGCGUCGUUCGGAGGCAAUUCCGCGACGCAUGGCGACUCAACGGCCUCCUCCGCGAACAAAAGGAAGUCGACUGACGAUGGCCUGGGCUCGGCCAAGCAGACGCGCAGCAAGCGAAAUCGGUACAUCUCAAUUGCCUGUAACGAAUGCAAGAGACGCAAAAUUAAAUGCAAUGGCGAGACUCCAUGCAAACGCUGCGGCAACAUGGGACUGAAUUGCCUCUACACGCCAAACUGCUGCGCGAACACGUUCAAAGACUCGGACGAGUACAAAAUCGUCACCACUCACCUCACCUCUCUUCAAGAUGAGGUCAGCGCCCUCAAACAGGCCAUGCAGGCCAUGCAAUCGGGCCCAGGAGAUCGCUCGCACAUGAUCUCUUCCAUGGACAGGGCCAUCAUGGCUCCAGGGAUGAUUGCGCCCUCACCGGCUCAGAGCUCCCUAUCUGGACGGCAGCCCAGUGUCAGCCAAGCGAGGACUCCAGGCGCGUACCGAGGCUCCACGAGCACUUCGCACAUGAUUGGCAUCGCCCAGGGCAAUACCGGAAUCGCAUACCCAGACCUCCAAGAAACACCCAACCCAUCAGAGCCACAGCUCCAGCCAAUGACGACGGGGGCCGACCCAAUUCUAGAGUACAGCAAAGAUGAGAUGCUCCGUCUUUGUCAAGUUCAUGAUGACGAAAUCGGCAUCAUGUACCCUGUUCUAAAUAUGGGAAGUGUCACAGAGCAUGCCCGACAUCUCGCUACACAGUUUGAUGCCUUACGGCACCAGCCCUCUACCCAACUUUUCAACGACGACAAGACACUGGAACUCAAGAUGGUCCUGUGUUGUGCACUUGUAGUCGAGGAAAACGGCCCUAGUGCCAAGGCACAGCAACUUUUUGACAACCCGAAUGAGCGUCAACUUGCGCUCAACAGCUUCUGGUCUGCCUACGUAUUAGAUCGCCGCUGGGCGUUCAACACGGGCCUGCCGUAUGUUAUCCAAGAUGCGGAUAUAGACCCGAAGCUUGACUAUCCGACGGAGCAUCCAUAUCUUGUUUCCAUGAUAUCAUAUUCGAAGCUUGGUGCGAAGGUCUGGACCCUCGUUGAGCAGCGACGAACUUCAUUUCUCGACAACGAAAAGCCCUGGGUUCAGGAGAUUGAGAGGCUUGAUGCUGAGAUUAUUGCAUGGUAUGCACGUGUGCCACCUGAGGUGCAAAUUCGAGAUUGGCAUGAGGAGGGUCACAUAAACUCUACGUCUUCGUAUAAUUUACAACGCCUGCGAGUCUGGACAUACCUCCGCAAAAAUCAAAUACGAAACUGGCUGCAUGCGCCAAUUUUACACACUACCAACUCGAUCAUGGGCGCACCGCAUCUUGCUCAAGUAUGCGUCGACGUAGCCAAAGACACAGUCGCGUACCUGCACCACGUCAACAGCCACACAGACAUGAUUCGAAGAUCUCAGGCCUUUUACAGCCAGUUCUUAGUUUCAGCAUUGGCAAUCAUGUUUUUGGCAUCGACCCAGGCACCUGUCCAGUUCUCCCCUACUUGCAGAGAAGAUUUCUACACUGGAUUGGGACUGAUCGAAGACCUGUCGCCUCAUAGCCACAUUUCGAAGCGUCUGUGGCGCAUCGUGUGGUCUCUUCGCGACUAUCUUCAGCAGCUUGCCCCGAAGCAGAGCAACGACGCCCACUCAAACGCCGCGCUGGGUAUGAUUGGCCUUGCUAGAGGCGGGCGUAUGGAUCCUUCAGCGCCCCAAUACUCCUAUGGCGCCCCGGGAAUGACCAUGCCAUUGGAUCCUUCUGAUCUUGACAACAAUGGCGCCAAGUUGUCGAGCCAUUUCUGCCACAUCUACGAAACAUUUGUGAGCCAUAAUGGGUUCAACAAUCUUAGACUCGAUCCAAACGAUAUCCAAACGCCUGAUCAGGCUAGAAGCACGGCGCAGAACUCUUUCUUCGCCACUAUGCGGCAAAUGUUCUAA